UCCAGUGCACGGCUGCACUUAGAAACAGAGCAGAUCCUUUUGCAUUACCCCACCACUUUGGCUCAGACGGCUAUCUCAGAGGACAGCGAGGCAGAUGAAGAAGGACUGAAAGAGCCUUGCAGCACAACUGAGAAUCACAACUUCGUCUCUGUCACCAUGGAAACAGUCGAACAAUCAAAGCUGGUGAUGGACUGUGAAAUGGAGGGUGCUGUGUCUGAUUCACCUGUGCAUAAAAUCAAUUUUACUGCUAGUGAUGAACUAGCUGAGUUAAAGAUAAACGUAUCAGAGUCUCAGGAAGCAAUAAUUAGGUCACCAUUAACUGAUGUUUCUAAAAGCACAAGUCUGACUGACAACAGUACCUGCUCUGAAACUACCCUUUGCACACUGAUUCCCUGUGAGGAGGAAGAAAACACAUUACAAUUAGAGCAAGGGCAUGAGGAGCUCAAUCGAAAUGAGUCAAUCCACUCAUCUGUGUCUGAUACCCUAUCAAGUGCUGACAGUGUUUAUGAGAAUGAGGCCCACUGUAGGCGGCAAGAUACACGAGAGCAAGAUCCGGAUCAGGAGCAUGAAUCAGAGCAGUGUGUUGAGGCUGAAAUAGCACCAGAACCAGAACAGCAUCGAGAGCUAGAGGAAGAUAAUUGUAAAGUAAACAUGCUAGAGAAAGAAGUUGAACCAGAGACAAUGGAGGAUUUUGAAAUAUCAGAUUACUCUCAGCAUGAGGAAGCCCUUCAACCUGAGCAAAACAUUGAGAUUGAGCAACACUCUAAACUUGACCAUGAUCCUCAGCAGGAGAUGUACAAUGAACUUGGACCUGAAGGAGAAGAAAUUGUUAAUUUAUAUGACGUGCCCUAUGAACAUCUAGCUGAAUAUCCAGAUGAAGGUCCAGAGGCUGAUGAAAUCCUUUUUGAACAACCUUUUCAUGAAGAAUCCCCAUUAGAGCAGUGCAUAAGAGAAGAAGCAAUGUCAGAUGCCUCAAAUGAGUCUUAUCAUAACCCUGAAGAUAUUGAUGAAUGUUUGAGAGUUGAAAUUGCAGCAGCUUCUUCUGAUAGUGAUACAGAUGAAAAGUGGAGGGCAAUUUUCUCCUCUUCCAUAAAUAAAGAAGACGAUGACUCAUAUUUGGAUAAUCUUCAACAGAGUGCCCAAGAACUAUUUGUUCAGAAAGUUGAUGAGACAGACUAUAAUGAUCAAGAGAGAAGCAACUUUGAAGAUGUUAGUAUUGAGGUACCAACGGUACCUGAAGUUUUGGAACAACCUGUGACUUCUGCUCCAAAGCCUCCACAAGAAGUUAAAUACAGCCCUUUCAGCCUCCAAUCUUUAUCAAAAAUAUCUGAAGAUGAAAGUGAAAAUUACAGAGAUGCCAAUCAUAACCACUCAAAACUUACAGCGAACACCAAUGUGGACACAACCAAGAAGCUACCUAAGGACUUCUGUGUAAUUCAGGAGACAAAGAGUGAAAAUGUUAGUACAGAACAUGUAGACUUCCAGCUAGCUCGCAAACAAUGGCGAGAAAUGGAGAAACAAAUGAAAAAUAAGGUUGUCUUACCUACAAGCAAGCACUCAAACCUUCAAAGCAGCCACAGCUUCAUGUAUACACCAGUUCGCAACAUUGAAAGGACUCCCAAGAAAGCGCGGGAUCUGGAGAGUUUAAACCUGGUCACUGAUUAUUCUCACACUCAAUUCAGUCCUUGCUCAGAGGAUUCUGGCCUGGAUGAUUCCAGUUACAGGUCCCCCUAUGAUGAUGCCGAAACACCAAUUGAAAGGGAGAUUCGUAUAUCAAUGGAGAGGGAGGAAAACUUGAAAAGAGAGAGGGGACUUGCCAGGAUGGGAAAAUCAACUGAUUGUGCUCCAUCACGAAGUAUUCCUCGAUCCACAAGUACUCCACUGACUCCAUCAUUUAUUAUAACCUCCUCACCCACUAAAGAACCAGUGAAGCAUGAGGUCUCUGCAAACAAUGUUAUAAUUGUAGACCCAAGAAAUGAAUUCACCCCAAGCCCAAAAUUUGGCAAAGACAACACAUCUUCCAGGUCCGGAGAAUGGUGUUCUGAAGAAAACAAUUCCAGUCUAAUUAUCCUUGAAACAUCCAAUCUGAUCAUUCGAAGUGCCUCUGAGUUCUCCCUAAAUAAAGCCUGUGAAGAGCCCCAGGAAAAAAUGUUCCUGAACAACCCCUUCUUCAAACUGCGUUCAAGAAGCACAAUAUCCUUGGUAGAUGAAGAGAUAAGGAUGGUGAAGCAGAGGGAGGAAGAGCUUAGGAAGGAGAGGGCAAACCUUUAUGGUAAAGACAUGUUCAACACGGAAAGUGGCCUAUCAAAUCACAUGGACACUUUGACAUUUGAUACCUCAGGUAUUGUACCCAUGAAGUGCAAGUCCUCUCCAUCAUCACCAAUGAAAACAACCCACAGGAUGGAUCGUUCUGCCCUAUCCUGUGAUCACAGGUUUCCUGAGGACUAUACUGGAGGAAGACGGAAGAGUGCCAUGGCUCUGCGCUGGGAGGCAGGCGAGUUCGUUAAAAACAACUGAAGUGGAACAACUUGCCAUUUUGCCAAUAAAGAGCAACAGUUGAUUAUUUCAUUCAAGUUAGAUGCAUUUAUUAUAGUUAUCUGUUUCAUGGUGUCACAUACUAAAGUCUGCUUUUGUGAUGAACAGCAAGAAUGUUUGCACAACUUUUGUCUUCACAAGUUCAUUUCUCAUAGAGCACAGUAUAUCAAAUGAAUUAGAAAAACACAAGUUUUUUCUGGCUAUAACUUUUAGUUUAUUUUCAUUGAACAAUGCAGUUCUUUCAUUUUCCAGGAUUAAAACUAUAAUAAAUAGUAUUAAAUGUGCAUAGUUCUCUUCUUGUGCACAAGACGCAAAUGCAGAAACUAAUUUCCUACUAAUCUUCAAACAGUUUACAAACUAAAGGGCUAACAAAGAAAUUAUACUCAUUCAAAACAUUUGGGGAGUAAAUUUUGUUACUUUUGUCAGGACCAUUAUGUAGUGUUCAACUUACAAAAUUAGGUAUGAUCAGUGAAGGACUUGGCAGCUGGUAUAAAACUCUAAAAUCAUGUGCUGGUACAUUGUUUAGAGUUUCUCUGACUACAAUCAUACAGUGGCUGGUCACAGGUUAUAAGGCAAUGAUCUGCUGUUGUAGCGGCAUACACUGGUCCUGCAAAUUAUAGUGUUGUUUAAUAUAGAAUUAACUAUUUAGAAAAAGAGCCCCUUUUCUAAAGGAUUGGGCUAUCACUUUAACACCUAGCACAAAUAAUCAGCUAUUGAGCACAAAUUUGUUUGACCAUUUUCACAAAGCAUGAAGGUAAGCAGUGGUAAAUGGCUUGUACUUGUACAGCGCUUUAACAAGUCUGAUGUCCCCAAAGUGUUUUUACACUGCAACUAGUCAUUUACCCAUUCACAACCUGACUGAAUGUGUGUGUGAGGCUGCCAUACACCAGUGCCACCGCCAGCAGGCAACUUGGGUGAGGUGUCUUGUCCAAUGACACAAGGACUGAGAUACUUGGAGGGGUGGGGUCAAACCAGCAACCCACCAAUUGCAGGACAAACUCCCAACUCCUGCACCACUGUCGUAAGGAAUGAACACUUCCUGAGACAAAAUAUUGUCCAAAAAAAAAUGCAAGGUGAAAAAAAAAAUGUAUUUCUUAAUUCAGGGAUAAUUAUCUAAGGUUUUAUUCUUAAAUUUGAUAUUUUUUAGUUUGUUUUUCAAUUAAUCGAUCAUAUUGUUCUGUGACAACCAAGCACCUACAAGAUCACUUCUCCUGAAUCAAAAGGGUGUGAUUUAGUUUGACGAAAAACUAGGGAAAAAAAAUCUAUUGUAGGUAAAAGGGAAGAACGAAAAAUCUAGGUCAAACUGAAAACUAUGAAUUUUUAGCAAUAUUUACUAUUAAUUUGUCCCACUUUUCUGUCAACACUGUCAGAUGUAUGAAAACACAAUAAAAUCAGGCAAUCAUGUGCUAACCUAGAUUCCUGAGGACAGUCUUCUCAUCCUCGACAAAAGCUAAUAAAGUCACAAAAGCUCCACUAUAGCCUCAGCUCCACUGACCCUACUUGAUUUGACCGGCACAGUUCAGCUCCUCUCCACUCAUUUUCGCUCCGGCGGUCUCAGCAGGCUGUAAUACCAAACAGCAUCCAAUCGUUCUAGCAAGGCAGGAUGGUAGGAAAAAUGGAACUCCCUAAUCCUCACCCAAAGUGAUGCAGUAUUAUGUGAUUAAGGGAUAACACUGCACUCCCACAGAAUAAAGUAUUGGACAGAUGAACCCACUAUUAUUUCCUUCAUAAAAUGACCUGAUGUAAUCUUUAAGGAAGUAUGUGGGUAAACACUGCAUGAGAAGAUUAGUAUCAGUGGACAUUUGCAAGUUUACAAGAUUUUUUGCCACAGCCAUGGGAGCGAUGGGAUACGUUAGUAGCGGCAGUGAAAUAAUUUUUAUAAGAUGGAUUUUGCACUGGGAGAUCUUUGGUCAAAGGAGCAGGGGCUCCAUGGCUGCUCUCAGUAGGCAGCUCUGCGAAAGCUGCUUGCUAUUGUAACGACCGUAGGAGCCAACCUGAAAUUCAGCCAAACACAGAGUUACAUCAUGACAGCUAUCGCAUACAGUAGAUGGAUGAACACUCUUCAGAGGCAAAACUUAUCAGCUUUCAGUGAAUGUAAAAUGAGAAAAAGCCGUGGUAAAUCUGAUACAGCAUGUCUGCACAUAGAAAGCUGAGAUGUCCUUUUUCUUUUUUUAUUCUUCAGGGUUUGUAAAUAGUAAAAUUAUAUUUUGGUUUGACCCACUUCAUUCAUGGUCCUUAAUAUUAAUGUCAUUGCUCUUCAGUUUUUCUGGCCUUGAAACCCUUGUUUCUCCUCACCCCUCAGCCAAUCACUGAAAAGCAGUGUGUUCACUUUAAAACUCCUGUCGGGUCAGCUCGGUUUGACCCUGCUCUUGAGCAGGGCUGGCCCUGAAAAAAAAACUGCUUCUGAAACAAUUGCAAGCCGGCGGGGCCUAAUGGUAUGCAGCCAAACCGAGGCAGUGGAAAUGAGGCUUAGGUUUUCUGUUUUAAUGAUAAUCAUGAGCUGUUUACUCAUUAUUGUAACAUCCACAAUGUGUCAACACUGUCUAGUGUGCAAAACAUAUUUAAAAUUUUACGUUGAGGCCAAAGCCAGCUAACAACACAGAUCAAGCAAGGUGUCUCUUGUGUGCAAGUCAUCUGUUUUAUACCAGUGUAUUUUUGUCACCCCUGUAAGCAUGGUGACGCAUGCUUUGGCAAUGGUGACUUAAAUCUCUAAAUCCUUUUCAGUGUUGACUUGAAUAUUAUAUACAUCCAUAGUUAUUACUGUUCUAGCAUGGCUUGUAAAAAUAUUUCUUAACUAUUUACUAGCAUAAAGUGCGUUGUAAGUUUAAUGUGCAGUCUGUUUAUCAUGAAGCAUUCAGUUGAUACUGUUUGAGUUCAACCUCUGAAGAAGUUUAAGGGGUUCGUAAUAGCAUGGUACGUGGAUGAAGAACUAGAAGCAGGCGGUUCACUUGUGUAGCCUUAGCUUCAGAACUAAACAUUAAUGUAUCAUCAUAAACCAGAACCCAGGAUUCCAGAAGAUUAUUUUAUUCAACCAAUACAUCUGAAGUCAGGUUUCUACAGCAUUAAGCUUAUCAUGUAUUUCAUACAUAUACAGCAUGGUAGGGCAACACAUGCAAUAGAUCAAAGUACUCAUCCAUACCUUUGAAGUUUGGCACAGUAUUCCCAUUUCAUGUGAUAUUGUUGGAGGUACAAAUUUACAUGGCAGAGCACAAUACUUCUUCAGCUUUAUCCAUACAAAUCAACAAAACCAUUGCCAUGUUAGCUGACUGCAUCCCCAGCUUUCUGUCUCACUGCUACUUUUGAACAAUGUGGACGGAAACUAUCAUUUUGUGGCCUCAAAGAGUGGCCUCAUUGUGUAGCUGCAAACACACAUGGCAUCCACAAUAACAUUCUACAGACCAUGGCCAAAUGUGAACUUUUAGGCCUUUGACUUGUGCAUCAAUAUAUGACAAACUGAAUACUAAAGCCAUGUAUAUUAUAUUUAAACAGUUUAUGGUCCACUGUUUAUUUCCACUUAAACUAGCCACAGUUAGGGUAACACAAACGUACACGCAGCAUCUUUGAGCUGACUUAGACAUGCUGAUAUUUUGGAGUAUCCCACAGAUGACUUUCAAAUGAAAUUCUAAUUGAGAUUGAAGGAAGACCAGUGCUAUUCUUGAAUUGCUGUCAAACACUUUAGAGGCAGCAUUAGUUUUCACACUGAACACCAACAGGAAAAGGGGCAUGUUUCAGGAGAACAGCCACUCUUGCCAUGAUGUAACUUCACCUGACAGAUGCAUUAUGGGAACAAAAGGAACAGAACAACUAAUCACUUGACCAUAAACAUGAGACUUUCUAGACCAGCCACUGGGCCACUACACCUAACAUUAACCCCCAACAAUCAAACACCCUAAGGUAGUUUUUAAGUUAUCACUAAAGAAGGACAAUUUGCCCUUUCCAUCCAUUUCCCUCAUAAAUUAUCAUUUGUGUAUCCAUCACAAAUCCUGCAUUAUGUCCGUCCUGCAUUACUGAUGUCUUGUUAACUUAAACAUUGUCUAUCUUCUUGAUAGCUACUGCAUACAGCUUUAUUUCACAAGAAAGUUAUGUUAUGUUUACAGUAGCUUGCACCCACACCAAGGUCAUAGGAUGCAUUUUGGGUAGUGGGUGCAUAGUUUGUUCAGUAAGGUACUGGUCCACUUUUUAAACAAAAUGGAUUGGAUGGCUAAGCAAGAAUAUUACAACAAAGAGGGAAGAGGUGCCACCCUGUGGUGGUGCUUGGUCUAACAUGAGAACCACACAGUACUGUGCCUGUUGCAGGUUUCACUAAAAUCACAACCAGAUGGCACAUCUUCAGCUUUUCUGUGAUUUUAGUUCAUUGGAAUCUGCCAAUCAGUUCCUGCUGUAGUUUUAGGAUCCUUUGUUUUUGUACUCAAAACAACUGAAUAUGAUUCAAAGGGUCACUGUCUACAAUACGUAAACUUUACUUGAAUAAAGUUAACUAUUUUUUUUUAAAAAAAAAAGCUAAACUUAGAGAAUUAUAGUGAGUUAGAGGGAAGUAAGCGAGUUUUCUUCUUCGUUCUCUUCCUCCUCUGCAAAUCAGUAUUCAUGACUAGAAAGCUUCAUCGAAAUUUAUUGAACUAUUUAAAUAUAAAUUAGAGAUAUUAUACACAUACACUUUCCAAUCAAAUAUAAUUUUGAAUACAAUUAUGCUAUGUGGACUUUGGCUGCUAAAGCAUAACAUUAAAAAUCAGUCACUUUAAAAAGGACAAGAGUGCUCAGCUUUUGUGUACUGCAAUAGAAAUCCUUGCAUCCUAUCCCAAUGUGAUCUGUUAUCUCUUGCCUACUGAUUGGUAAACCUGACCAGGAUUAAGCCACAAGCAUUAAAACAAAACAAAAAAUUACAGGGUGAAUGUUAUGGAAAUAUCAGAUGUGAUAUGAAGACCAUAAAUUUGCAUUGAAAGAGUUCUUGAUCCCUGCGACAAGAUGUGAAUCAGGCACCAAUAAAAAUUGUAUUAUAAAAACAUUCUGUAUCUUUGGUUUUGAACUUUUACUUCUUUUUUUCACCCUGAUUUGGCAUCUAUUAUGUGGCGAGUUGGUUAAACGUGGAUGGGUGCAGGGACAAGAAAUCUUUCUCUAGAUCACGUCAUGGGAAAAAUUAAGAACACCUUUUUUGCUGCCUGGGUUUAGACAGGAAGGUAGCCAGUGCAGCUAACAAUAAGCUCUUUGUUAUUUGCAUGAUGAUUUUGUGUUUGUGAACAAAAUCCUCAGGUGAAAAGGCUUUAGCAAUAAACUUGGAGAAAUAGUUGGUGCUUCUCAUCAGUCUGAGUAGUUUUAUGGAGAACUACAUUGCAGAAGAAGAGUUGCCUGGAGAAAGCUUCUUCUCUAAAAGCAGUACAGCAGGGCAACUGAGGUUUCUAACUUUUCCUCUCUAAAAACCACAAGACAAAACAUUUAAUCAUAAUUCUAGCAAUGGGUUUGGGAGAACAUAUAUAGCUUAAUAGCUAAAUUACUUCUUGCCAGCUGCCAAGCAAGGCUGUGGGGAGGUGGAAAUUUGGCUCUUUUUGGAACUACAAAACCUGGGAUCCUUGCAGUCAUGGGACAGACCAUGAACACCUCUUCAGAGGUAUUUUGGAGUCAAACAGUUGAAGCAGUCUUUCUAUCAUCUUAAGUUUUGAUCGUAAACAGAACAAUGAUCCAUAGCAUAGCUCCAAAUUUGCAAUGUGGUGGCUGAAAAGGAAAAUUAAGGUGUUGCCAGAGGUGUGAAAUGCAGGUUCAGACAGUAAAAAGCCGGUCCAGAGAUUAGUUCCAAUCAUUCGCAUUUCCAGCUCCUCAGCAAAGACAGGGACUAAAGUCACCUGGUUAAGGAACAGAAUGAAGAAAAACCAGGCAGGGUAUUUUAUUUUUCUGAAGCUGGAUUCUCCACCCCUGGAACUGACCCAGUCAAAGUCCAAUUCAAUUUUAUUUAUAUAGCGCCAAUUCAUGAAUCAUGUCAUCUCGAGGCACUUUACA